ACUCACAGAUCACAGGUCAUGAUUUGUUCUCUUGAUGCAGACAUGCAUAGCAACUAUGGGGCAGGCUUAUUAUGCUUCACCCAAUUCUGUGACUCCAUUGACAUCUCAGAAGCCAAGCACAUGCCAGCAUCUGAAGCUCUCAUCUCUCAAUUCACAGCAGCCUACACUGGCACAUUCUCAGACAAGACUCUAAAUAACUGGCUAGCAGGUCUCCAGUUUUGGCAUAUCAUCAAUGGUGCCACUUGGCACGCCUCCCAUCUCUUGCACCAUACUUGA